AUGUUCAUUGUGGGGACGGCGGAUACUAUCGAAUUUCUGAAAUGGUUUGUUCUAUGCAGUCUAGAAAAACAUUGCAUAGCUCCACCCGGAGCCAAAUCUUCCUGUGAAUUCGGAAUAGAUCGCUACAAUGAGUAUGCUAAAUGUCACAGAUUUGAUCAGUCCAUAGUGAAUCUGCUCCUUGCAAAUGCUUAUGAAUGCAACGCCUCGAACUACAAGAGCUACAGUCUGGGAAAUGGUGCAAGACUGCUUCGCGAAGGAGAUUUAAUCCUUAAGAAAGUUAAACUCGAAUGCUCACAUAGGUGGUAAAA